CAGAGCUCAAGGGCACAGCCGGGUUUCCCGAGAGGUGAGGCAGAAGGAGCCUGCCUGCAGCCAGUGCCCGCGCCCGGGGUCCAGCAGCUCAGCCUCAUGUCCAGAGGAGGGGAGAUGGUUUAUAUCCCAGAUGACUCCGACUUCAGCUCCUUCAGGGAUCAGUGUGAGAGCCUGGAGGGCUGGCACUGUCGGUAUAACAAGGCUGGUGUGACGGUGUGGAGUCAGGGCCAGGAGGAAAGCUGCACCGUGCAGAAAAUCAAGCUGCGCUCCUGGCUGCCCCUGGGCAACGACUACAUGAUCAUCAACUACAGCGUCAAGCACCCGAAUUACCCACCCCGGAAGGAUUUCGUGAGGGCCGUGUCCCUGCAGACGGGUUACCUGAUCAAGGCCAACGGCGCCGGUGCCUGUGUCCUCUAUUACCUCACCCAGGUGGACCCUCGCGGGUCGCUGCCAAAGUGGGUGGUGAACCGUGUCUCCCAGUUUGUGGCACCGAAGGCCAUGAAGAAGAUCUACAAGGCUGGGCUGAAGUACCCGGAGUGGAAACGCAAGCACGACCCCGAGUACAAGCCCUGGGUGUACCCGGAGCAGAACACCCUGCCCAGCGUGAGCCUGGCCGAGCUCUCGGUGCAGCACGCCGACUCCCUGGAGAACAUCGACGAGACGGGGCUGUCCGAGGACCACCUGAGCACCAGUGACCACGAGGCCUGAGCCCUCUCCACGGGCUCUUGUGGGGGGACACCCUCCAGACCGAGGCUUGGCAGCCAGGGGGCA